AUGCCUCAAGCACAACCGACAAAUGACCGUGACCCGCAAACACCGAGGCAACAAGGAACUUCAGCGCCAUCGUUGUUGGAUGAAUUAUCCCCAGUGUCACCUCCUGGAGAUGGUGGAGGCACGUCUCCACGCAUGCCACUUGCGUUUCGAUCGAGAUCUACCCCAAACACACCGCAUCGGCUACCAUUCGAUGCCGAAGCUGGCAAACAUGGCCCGCUUCGACGGAAAAGCUUCAAUGAAGGCAUGCUCCAAGAACAUGGCCGUCGCAGCAGCAGCAGCAGUAGCAACAACAACAACAAAUUUGAAAAAUUCACCAAAACGGUAAUCAUCCCAGCUGCCAAAUGGGCAUACUCGCCAAUUACUAAAUUACAAAGGAACCAAAGCAAGAAGAAAAUCAACGACAAGCCCGAUGAAUACAGAAUCGAGUAUUCCAUAUUCGGCACUGGCGCUACUCGUGAUGCGCCGCUUUCAUCGCUCGAGGUAAUCGCAGCCCACAUGCAAUUGCAAAAAAAUAUAAAUAAAACAAGAAACUCGGCCAAGCUCCAUCUGUCGGCGAAAUACGAACCCGAGCUGCUGCUGCCGCUGCCGCUGCUGCCGGAGGCCCUCUUGACUCAAGUCGAGUUUGAGAUAUUGUAUGAGCAAGUCAGACAUGUCAUUGAAGUAGACCAUGUCUACCCCGAGAGAAUACCGACUGGUUCAUCGGGGAGUUAUUUUGUGUUCAACAAGGUUGAAGCAAGCGAGUCCUUGUAUGCCAAAGUUGGAGUGUUUAAACCCAAAAGUGAAGAGCCAUAUGGCCCCUUGCUGCCGAAAUGGACCAAAUGGCUCCAUCGGACUUUUUUCCCUUGCUUUUUUGGCCGUAGUUGCUUAAUCCCCAACUUGGGCUACAUCAGCGAAGCAGCAGCGUGCGUAUUGGAUCAACAAUUGCAAUCAUUCAUUGUUCCAUACACCGAGGUGGUGCAAUUGAGGUCGCCUACUUUUUACUAUCCAUUUUGGGACAAGCUGAGACACGUUGAGAAAUUGCCAUACAAGAUUGGCUCGUUUCAAGUGUUUUUGCAAGGGUAUGUCAAUGCCGACUUGUGGUUCAAGAUGUACCCUGUGCCGCUGGGAGGAUCGGUGCUUCCCAAUUCGCUGACUAUAGAAGUCAGCGAGUCUAUAGAGGCAAAUUACAGAUUUGAGUGGAGUAGAGAAUCGAUGCUCCAAUUUCAGGAAGAAAUUGAAAAAAUGGUCAUUUUGGACUACAUCAUGAGAAACACCGAUCGUGGACAUGAUAAUUGGAUGGUCAAGAUCGACUGGAUUGAAGUUGGUCGUAACAAGACAAAAAGAACCAAAACGAUACGCCCCGUGAUGAAAAUUGGCGCUAUUGACUCGGGUCUAGCGUUUCCUUGGAAACACCCGAACGAAUGGCGGUCGUUCCCAUUUGGAUGGUUAUUUUUACCACUUUCACUUAUUGGACGGCCCUUUUCCAAAAAUACGCGACAACAUUACUUGCCUCUCUUGACCUCGAAAGUGUGGUGGGAAGCAACAGUUGUCAAGUUGAAGGAGACGUUUAUGAAAGAUCAGGAUUUCAAAGAGCGCAUGUGGCAAAAGCAACUUGCAGUGUUGAAAGGCCAAGCUUUCAACGUGGUCGAGUGCUUGAAAUUGGACUUUGCUGGACCGUUGGAGUUGACGCGGCGUGAAAACAUGUUGGUGCACGAUGACUUGAUGUUCAUGCCUUGCGGUGGUGGUGGUGGAGGAGAAAGAGGAGCACAAGAAGAAGAAGAAGAGGAAUGUGGGCCAAGGGUGUUUUCGUCGUUGCUCGAGCCUCUGUAUCCAUCAGCUGAACAGGAUGAGCAUGAGCGCUUUACUUCAAAAGCUGGCUCGGAUUGUGAAAGCGAGCUUCACGAUCAACUUGCGCCGCUCUUAACGGUGCCAAGCGCACCAACCGUGCGUGGUCACCAACAUCAUCAUCUGUCAUAUGGAGCGCUUUCGGAGGAGCCUUCCACGGCUGGAACCAAUGCUCUCGACAGUGGCCUAUCUGGAUUUGAAAGAAUAGACAAAGUACUCACGACUCCUCCGGGAAGAGGUUCGAGGGUAGUAAUCGAGCGACUUGUCAGGGAGGAUUCAAAGCCACCAGUAUUCACAUGGUGUUGA